AUGGGCAUAUGUAUUGCAAAAAAAAAUAAAGAAAAGUCAGCAAAUCUAAUCCGUUUAAUAAAAAUAGAAAAUGAAAAUGCUAUUGCUAAACCUCUAACUUUGAUUGAAAUUUAAUCUAAAAUAUUAAAUACAUGGUUCAAAAUGAACAAAAUGUUAAACUAAUUGAAGUCUUGUGAAAGAACAGUUUAGAUUAUAUAGCUUAGAAAAGCCAUUAAUCAAAUUUUGAUAAGUUAAAGAAUGAACCAUCCUAUUGAUGAAGUGGCAGUAGGAAUAGUAUUAGAGCUCAUGGAAAAAAUAGCUUUUAAGAUUGACGAAUUAAUAAGAGAAUAACUUCUUACUGAGGAAGUUAGUACAAAGUUUUAUUAAUUUUAUACACAAAUUGCAGAACUAUCUAUGGAAUACUCUAACUGGAAAAACAAUUCAAUUACAGAUAAGACACAACUUUGGAGUUUUAUUUGA